UUCUACCCCCCACUCCUCAACCUUAUUAGUUCCUUCAGCUUUCAUGUCUCUCCACACUCUCUCUAAUUCUCAUCCUCCGUAGCUCCCAUCUGCUACUUCUUCCUCACCGAUUCAAUUACUUCUUUUCCCAAAAAAAAAGUUUGUAAAUUGUUGAGAACCCAAUUGUCGAAAAUAAAAACCCAGUUCAAAAAUGUCAGCAGCAGUAGCAGCCGCCGCAGCAGCCGCCUUGAGCGGUGGUUCAGGAAUUAACAACCACCGCAGUCAGCAUGUGGCUUUACAGCCUUUACCAUUCCCCGCACCAGCGCCACCACCGUUGACCCGCUACGAGUCUCAAAAGCGACGCGACUGGAACACGUUUGGGCAGUACUUGCGUAACCACAGGCCCCCGCUCGCUCUCUCACGGUGCAGUGGAGCACACGUGCUUGAGUUCAUGCGGUACUUGGACCAGUUCGGGAAGACUAAAGUCCACAACCAGACUUGUCCGUUCUUCGGCCACGCGCACCCUCCCGCGGCGUGUCCUUGUCCACUUAAACAAGCCUGGGGUAGCCUCGACGCUCUGAUCGGGCGACUGAGGGCGGCGUUUGAAGAGAACGGCGGGCAUCCAGAGACUAACCCGUUUGGUGCACGCGCUGUGAGGUUGUAUUUGCGGGAAGUGAGGGACACGCAAGCUAAAGCUAGAGGGAUUGGGUAUGAGAAGAAGAAGAGGAAGAAAGUUGCACCACAUGAAGAACAAAAACAGGAUCAAGAUUCUAGUGAUUUUGGUGGUGGUGGUUUUGUCAUGUCAAAGUGAGUCCAAUUGGGGGGUAGUGUGGUUACUGUUGGUGGAUAUAUAUGAUGUAUUAGGGGACAUUAUGUUGAGACCUGUUGGGGUCCAUAGCCAGCUAUAUUGGUUUGAUUGAUGAUAUUUUCUAGUUUCAUUAGGUCUCUUUGCUUAAUUUUGUAAGUUUACGUAUUGGUUUUGUAUGCAAAUUUAUGAUAUAAGUUCAUGUUCUUGU